AGUAAAAGAAAAGUCAAACACCAUCCAAUGAUCCAAUGCUAAUACUCGAAUUCUAAAUUCUUCCCCCUUGUCUAGUGGAUGCCACACUUCCCUUUCCGAGAAACCGCGUUAAUUAGAUUUUAGAACACUCAGCAAAUAAAAUCAUUGGUUAAAAUCAUCUGAUAAACUAAUAAUUGCUGGAUCAGAUUGUAAGAUCUAUCAUCUAUGGAGGAGCUGUUAACCACUCUCUCUUCUUAGAUGUUUCUUGGCACUAAAUUCAAUUCCAAGUGUUAAAAAACACCCUAUUAAGAGUAAAAGACAAAUCUUUUAUUUGUUUAUUGUUUUGAAGAAGAAACAAAUAGACCCACCUCAAAAAAAUGAAAAUGUAUUAAAGGAACAACCUUUGAUUAUUCUUUGAUUAAAAAUGAAACAUCUUUGACACCCCUAAUUUAAUUUUUAUUGCCUUUGUUUAUUCUUUAGCAACAUGCAAUAGGAACUUGCUUUGAAAGAUCUUUCCUUUCUUUUUCUUCAUCAUCUUUACCAAUAAAUCUAUCUUCCUUCCUUUGUUACUAUUAUUAUUGACGCCAUCAAAGUUUUCAGUGCAUUUAGUUUGAUUUGGAUGAGAAACUUUGGUUUAUAUUGGGAAAAAGGUGAAGUGGUAAGUUGUUGCUGGAGGAAUUGAGGUUGUUUCAUGGGCAACACAUGCCGGGGAUCUUUUGGUGUAAAGUUUCAUCAGGGCGAAGGUCAGCCCGAGGACCAUUCUGUUGUAACUUCCAAUUCAAGUACCACUAAUAAGAAAAACGAUUCCGAUUACUCAGAUUAUUCUCCUAAUAGUUUAAGAAACCAACAACUUAUUAAUCAGGAAUUUAGUCAAGACAAUCCCAAGAAAGAUCAUAAUUCUGUGGUGGUUGUAUCCACAACAAAAGAUAGUAACAUGAGGAAGCAAAAUGAUAACCUAACUUACUAUGUUUUGGGUCAUAAGACUCCUAACAUUCGGGAUCUUUAUGUGCUCAGUCGUAAAUUGGGGCAAGGACAAUUUGGGACUACGUAUCUUUGCACUGACAUUUCCACGGGAAAUGAGUAUGCUUGUAAAUCGAUAUCGAAAAGGAAGUUAAUAUCUAAGGAGGACGUGGAGGAUGUUAGGAGAGAGAUUCAGAUAAUGCACCAUUUGGCUGGUCACAAGAAUAUUGUGACUAUAAAGGGUGCUUAUGAAGAUUCUUUAUUUGUGCACAUCGUAAUGGAACUUUGUUCGGGGGGUGAGUUGUUUGACCGCAUCAUUCAGAGGGGACAUUAUAGUGAGCGAAAGGCUGCCAAAUUAACGAAGAUCAUUGUUGGGGUCGUUGAGUCGUGUCAUUCGCUUGGGGUUAUGCAUCGGGAUCUUAAGCCCGAGAAUUUCUUGUUGGUCGAUAAGGAUAAUGAUUUUUCUCUCAAAGCUAUUGACUUUGGGCUGUCUGUCUUCUUCAAACCAGGCCAGAUAUUUACCGAUGUUGUUGGAAGCCCUUACUAUGUUGCGCCGGAGGUUCUGACGAAGAAUUACGGUCCCGAGGCAGAUGUAUGGACUGCUGGAGUUAUUUUGUAUAUAUUGCUCAGUGGUGUGCCGCCAUUUUGGGCUGAAACGCAACAAGGAAUAUUCGAUGCAGUUUUGAAGGGACAUAUUGACUUUGACUCGGAUCCGUGGCCCCUCAUAUCUGACAGUGCAAAGGAUCUGAUUCGAAGGAUGUUGUGUUCGGACCCGAAAAAACGUUUAACUGCUCAUCAAGUCUUAUGUCAUCCUUGGAUUUGCGAAAGUGGGGUUGCUCCAGAUAGAGCAUUGGAUCCAGCUGUACUUUCUCGUCUCAAACACUUCUCUGCGAUGAACAAGCUAAAGAAAAUGGCGUUGCGGGUGAUCGCUGAAAGCUUAUCAGAGGAAGAAAUUGCCGGAUUGAAAGAAAUGUUUACAUCAAUGGAUACCGAUAAUAGUGGUGCAAUUACAUUCGAGGAACUCAAAGCUGGUUUGAAAAGAUACGGUUCAAACCUUAAAGAUACAGAGAUACGUGAUCUGAUGGACGCGGCUGAUAUUGACAACAGUGGUACAAUAGAUUAUGGCGAAUUUAUAGCUGCCACUAUCCAUCUCAACAAGCUCGAGCGUGAGGAGCAUCUUGUUGCAGCCUUUCAAUAUUUUGACAAGGAUGGAAGUGGAUCAAUUACCAUUGAUGAGCUCCAACAAGCCUGUCAAGAACAGGGUCUUAAUGAUCUUUACCUUGAAGAUGUCAUUAGGGAAGUUGACCAAAAUAAUGAUGGCACUAUCGAUUACGGUGAAUUUGUUGCAAUGAUGAGGAAAGGUGAUGGUGGUAUAGGAAGAAGGACUAUGCGUAUGAGCAUGAGAGACGCGCCUGGACCUCAGUAGUUUUCCUGUUUAUUUUUUUAAGGUUUGUACAGCAAUGGGCGAUAAAGCCAUGAGAUGUAGUUUUGUUCUUCCACGGCUCAACAGCUUCCUUUUACGAGUGUUUUUAUGUAAGUUAUGUGGUCUACUUGGACUCGUGGUUAGAAGCUACAAGCUCUGCAUGACUGUAUUGAAAAUGGUUGCCUACUUUCCUCGUCUCUAGACGAUCCAUAUGUUUGCAAGAACAAGGUUUUUCAACCGAUGGUUCGUAGGCAAGCUUGGAGUUUCGCGCUCAUUCUGUACACUUGUAUUUUGUUGGGUUGCGCUUUGAACAGAAGGUUAAGAAAGACUUGUCUAAGCGGCUGCCAGUGUAAUUUUAGAAAGUGUUGUAUGUUGUUAAUGUUGAGGUUUAAACCUGUAGAUCCUGUAUCAUGAAUAAAAACUGAAAAGAGCAUCUUUGAACUCGGUU